UAUCAAAUGCGGCGAGUGGCGCUCAAAGUGGCGGGACAGGCCUUUGGGUACCAGGGCGACCCCUAAACAUGUGUGUAGAGUCUCACCGCCUAUUUUCCUGAACUUCCUAUCAGAUUACCUCAAUCUUCAAGAUUUGAAUUUUCUGUGAGCGUUCCCGAGAGUUCUGUCAAUGACUGUUACACACACAUACAAAAGGAUGUUUUUCUCUGGUGGGCAGUGUGGCCAUGUUGGCAGACCUGAAGAAGCCUUACUGAUGUUCAAGAUAUUCCUUGUCAUUAUCUGUCUUCAUGUUGUUUUGGUGACAUCCCUGAAAGAAAAUAAUAAUUCAAGUUCAUUAUCACCUCCUGCUGAAUCAUCUUUUGUCAGUCUUGUCCCCUACUCCAAUGGUACUCCAGAUAUAGAAACUCCAAGCCUCAAUGAUGCUACCAGUGUAUUGUCUACUUUAAACAAAACAGAAAAAACUAAAAUCACUAUAGUAAAAACCUUCAAUGCAUCAGGAGUUAAAUCUCAGAGAAAUAUCUGCAAUUUGUCAUCUAUUUGCAAUGACUCAGUGUUUUUUAGAGGUGAGAUAACAUUUCAAUAUGAUGAAGACAGCAAUGUUACCCAGAAUCAAGAUAUGGCUAAUAGCACCUUUACUGGAGUCCUGUCUCUAAGUGAAUUGAAACGAUCAGAGCUCAACAAAACGCUACAAACGCUAAGUGAGACUUACUUCAUAGUGUGUGCUACAGCAGAGGCCCAAAACACAUUGAACUGUACGUUCACAAUAAAACUGAAUGAGACAAAGAAUGUAUGUGCUAUAAUGGCUGCUUUGAAACAAGUACAGAUUCGACAAAUGGAGCAGUGCUGCUGUUCUGUCAGGACACCCUGCCCUUCCUCGCCAGAAGACUUAGAAAAACUGCAGUGUGAUCUACAGGAUCCUGUUGUCUGCCUUGUUGAUCAUGCACAUGGCUGGCCAUUAUCUCCUUCCAACAAACCCAUACCAGUCACACCUCAGGCCAACAUUCUUUCCCAGAUUUCCAGUACCAUCUCUUUGGCUGAAUCCCUCAAUCAUCAUCCUGUAACCCAGAAUAGUUCCUCUCUGACACAGGACAGUCACCAUCCAUCUCCCCAGCCUUUAACUCCUCUAGCUUCUAGCCUUGCUGUUGACAUGUCUGUCCAAUCUGGAACUUCCUCUUCCCCUCUACCACAAACUGAUCUUUCCCACACCCUGCCACCUGUAAAGUCCUCACUUCCCUCUCCCAGCACACCCGCCCCAUCUGCCCCUGUGAAUGUGGUCACUACCAGCACUUCAACUGAUGAGACAGAAAUUGUCGACACCAGCAGUGUUCCUGAUAUUGAGACUCAAGUGUCCCAGAUGGAGAAAGUUUUAUCUUUUGGUAGCUUGGAGCCGAACCUUGCAGGUGAAAUGAUAAACCGAGUCAGCAAACUCCUUCAUUCCCCGCCUGCUUUGCUGGCCCCACUGGCUCAAAGGUUGUUAAAAGUAGUAGAUGACAUUGGCUUACAGCUGAAUAUUUCAAACGCGACCAUCACUCUAACCUCCCCUUCUUUAGCUUUGGCUGUGAUCAAAGUGAAUGCCAGUAAUUUCAUCACAACGACUUUUGCAGCUCAAGACCCUGCAGAUCUUCAGGUUUCUCUGGAAACUCAGGCUCCUGAGAAUAGUAUUGGCAUUAUUACCCUGCCUUCAUCGCUGAUGAGUAAUUUGCCAGCUAAUGAUGUGGAGCUAGCUUCCAGGGUUCAGUUCAACUUCUUUGAAACACCUGCCCUGUUUCAGGACCCUUCCCUGGAGAACCUCUCUUUGAUCAGCUACGUCAUAUCAUCAAGUGUUGCAAACCUGACCAUCAAGAAUUUGACAAGCAAUGUGACAGUCACACUGAAGCACAUCAACCCAAAACAGGAUGACUUAACCGUGAGAUGUGUAUUCUGGGACUUGGGCAGAAAUGGUGGCAAAGGAGGCUGGUCAUCUGAUGGCUGCUCUGUCAAAGACAGAAGACUGAAUGAAACCAUCUGUACCUGCAGCCACCUUACGAGUUUCGGUGUCCUAUUGGACCUAUCUAGGACACCCUUACCACCUGGACAAAUGAUGGCUCUGACAUUUAUCACAUAUAUUGGCUGUGGGCUUUCAUCAAUUUUUCUGUCAGUUACUCUGGUAACUUACAUAGCUUUUGAGAAGAUCCGGAGGGAUUACCCUUCCAAAAUCCUCAUCCAGCUAUGUGCUGCCCUGCUCCUGCUGAACCUGGUCUUCCUCCUAGACUCGUGGAUUGCCCUGUAUAACAUGCGAGGCCUCUGCAUCUCCGUGGCUGUAUUUCUUCACUAUUUUCUCUUGGUCUCAUUCACAUGGAUGGGCUUGGAAGCAUUCCACAUGUACCUGGCACUUGUCAAGGUGUUUAAUACUUACAUCCGAAAGUACAUCCUUAAAUUCUGCAUUGUCGGCUGGGGAGUACCAGCUGUGAUUGUGGCCAUCAUUCUGACUAUAUCCCCAGAUAAUUAUGGGCUGGGAUCUUAUGGGAAAUUUUCCAAUGGCACACCUGAUGACUUCUGCUGGAUCAACAGCAAUGCAGUAUUCUAUAUCACAGUUGUGGGAUAUUUCUGUGUGAUUUUUUUACUGAACGUCAGCAUGUUCAUUGUCGUCCUGGUUCAGCUUUGUCGAAUCAAAAAGAAGAAGCAACUGGGAGCCCAGCGAAAAACUAGUAUUCAAGACCUCAGGAGUAUUGCUGGCCUCACAUUUUUAUUGGGAAUUACUUGGGGCUUUGCCUUUUUUGCCUGGGGACCAGUUAAUGUCACCUUCAUGUAUCUCUUUGCCAUCUUUAACACCUUACAAGGCUUUUUCAUAUUCAUCUUUUACUGUGUAGCAAAAGAGAAUGUCAGGAAACAAUGGAGGCGGUAUCUUUGUUGUGGAAAAUUACGUCUGGCUGAAAAUUCUGACUGGAGUAAAACUGCUACUAAUGGUUUAAAGAAGCAGACUGUAAACCAAGGAGUAUCCAGCUCUUCAAAUUCCUUACAGUCAAGCAGUAACUCCACUAACUCCACCACACUACUAGUGAAUAAUGAUUGCUCAGUGCACGCAAGCGGGAAUGGCAAUGCAUCCACAGAGAGGAAUGGGGUUUCUUUCAGUGUUCAGAAUGGAGAUGUGUGCCUCCACGACCUCACUGGAAAACAGCAUAUGUUUAGUGACAAAGAAGAUUCCUGCAAUGGUAAAAGCCGAAUGGCGCUCAGAAGGACUUCAAAGCGGGGAAGCUUACACUUUAUUGAGCAAAUGUGAUUUCUUUUUAUCUAAAAUCAAAGCAUGAUGCUUGAUGGUGUGAAAUGUCCAAUUUUACCUUUUACACAAUGUGAGAUGUAUGAAAAUCAACUUAUUUUAUACUCAGCAACCUCUGGAGGAACAUAAGCUAAUUGAGGGCAAUAGUUACUAUUGGAAGAAGAAACCAAGAUAUAAUCAUGGUCUUUAGACAUUUGCAAUUUGGUUUCGAAUCCUUUAUUUAAAAGGAUUUGUUUGAAAUAACACAGGAUACGAUUAGUGAAAAAGAAAAAUGUAAGUUCAUUCCCAGCCACAUUUUAAAGAGGCUCAGUUACCCAUGAUAAUGUCCUAGGAAAAACAGUUGGCUUCAGUCUGUUGGUGAAUUUAGUUGUUGUGCAUGCCUCUGUUGUAUAUAAGCUAAAUUCUAGUGACUUGCGUGUCAAAAAUCUUACUUCUACCUUUUUUAUAUUUAUUUUCUACUGUGUAAAUUUAUUCUUUUGUAGAAUCGUGGUUGUGUUUUGUCUAAUGUGAUAAAGCUGAAGGUCCUUACCCAUUCAGUGAAUUCUAAAGCUCCUCUUGGAGAUUAUAUGGGAUGUGAAAUAUAGAAGUGUCACUGAAAUCAGGAAAUAUUGGUAAAGCCAGAUUGAACAACUAUAAGCAGACAGUGCCACAAUUAGCUCAUAGAGUGCCUUUGAGCAAGUAGAAAAAGGAAUCCCCACUGGUCAAAUACAGCUUUCAGGGCUCAUGAUUUGGCAAACAGUGGGAGCCAUAUUUCAGCCCUAGUCACCCUCUUGGGUGUAUCCUUACAUAUGGUAUGACCUGUGAGACCAUAUAUGACAUCCAAUAUCAAUAUCAAUCUCCAGACCUCAUCCCUAAUGACCGGAUUAUAGUAUCUGUGCUAGAAUGUUUAGAUUAAUAUCUUGGUCAUGGGAGAGAUAAAACUCUAAUCUGGACAAUAUAUUAGGAAGGUUGUGAAUGUGGAAAAUAUUAUAUUAAAGCUAUUUCUCAAAUCCCCAGAGUUUUUCAGAAGCAGGGCACAGAAUAGAAUUGCUUUUCAAAAGAACGUGUGUGUGUGUGUGUGUGUGUG